AUGUCAUUCAGUAGCGAGAAUCGCUUUACUACGAGAAACUCAGUCGGAAGAACAACGCAAAAAAAGCAAGAUAACGAAAAAUUGACAUCCAUUACUCAACAAGCUCCAUGGGCAAAAGAUGAUGAUCAAGACACUCAUAAAUACGCUAAUUCAAUAAAUGGAAGCUCGCAAAGCUGUUGA